AUGAAUGCUCUGCCACAAGACUGCAUCGCCAAGAUCCUUUCUUUAACAUCGCCUCGUGACGUGUGCCGAUCAUCGGCCGUCUCCACGAUCUUCAGAUCCGCCGCAGAUUCCGAUGAUGUCUGGAAUCAGUUCUUACCUUCCGAUUUCCCCGACGGAUUUGUAGCACCGGAAGGUCUUCCGACAAGGAAACGCCUCUUCUUCUCCCUUGUCGAUAACCCUCUUCUUCUCCACGAUGCUCAAUUGAGCUUUUCUCUGGAGAGAACGAGUGGUAAGAAAUGCUACAUGAUUGCACCAAGGGCCUUGAGUAUUGUUUGGGGAGAUGACCGAAGGUACUGGCAAUGGAUCUCUCUGCCUAAUACCAGGUUCGCACAAGUGGCUGAGCUGAUCUUUGUGUGGUGGUUUGACAUCACUGGAAAGAUCAACAUAACCCUUCUCUCUGAUGAAACCCUCUACGCCGCUUACCUUGUCUUUAAGUGGAAUGAUAGUCCAUACGGUUUUCGCGAGCCCGUAGAGGCUUCCCUUGUCUUGGAUGGCACUGAGACCGAUGAUGUUCAGCCUUCUAUGGUGAGUCUGAUGCAAAACCCGGGAAGCGAAGAAGGUCAGCGUGCUGAGCUGAGGAGAGAUGGUUGGUUCGAGGUCGAGUUGGGACAGUUCUUCAAAAGGAGAGGAGAUAUGGGUGAAAUAAAGAUGAGCCUCAAGGAGACUAAGAGACCAUUUGAGAAAAAAGGCCUCAUUCUUCAUGGAAUCGAGAUUAGGCCAAUGCCUUAA